AUGAACGAGUGUGAAAAGAGAGGAAAAAAUUGUCCCCCUGCUCUGAAGUGCGUGAAGCAGCAUCAUAACUAUGAAUGUGGGUGCGAUCCUGGUUUUAAGGUUGUGGGAGGCGGAAACGCCAGGACUUGUAAAGGUACGAGUACUAUUUAAUUUAUAAUUAAUGAAUGAGGCUGAGUAUCUUAUGAAGAGUUAUGGAGAUCGAGGAGGGUGUUAUCCGUCGAGGCCGUAGGUCGAGGCGGAUAUCACCCUCCGAGAUCUCCAGAAUUCUUCAUAUGAUACGGAAGCCGAAUUCAAUAAUUGUUUUAUUAUUCAUUCAAAAUAACUCCUAGUUUAAAAGCAAAUCUAAAACAUGCUUACCUCCAUCGAUGUUAAGUUCACCUUCGAUAGUGCACGUUUAGGGUUGUUCAGCUCAGCAAAUAUUCUCCAAACAGCAGAUGUCGCCCUUUGAGUUGUGUUCUUGCUGUUCUUGCCAUGUUUUUAGCUAUAAUUUCGCCUAGCUCUUUCUCUUGAAACGAGUGAAAUGUCCGCCAUUUUUUGUUUUCACAACCAAAACAACUCAACGUUGUCCCCAGGUCCUCUCGGUUAACGGUGCUUUAACCCGCAAGAACGCUGUAUUUUUGACGCCAUUUCCUCGUUAAAAACAAAAUUUUUCCAAAUUUGGUCAUCAGUAACUGUCUAUGGUGAAUUAUGCUUAUGUUUUUAGCCAAUCAGAAUCGGGGAAAUAUUUUGAAUGAAUAAUAAACAAUUUUAACGCGAAUUCUCUUACAUUUUCUGGGAUGUUCAGAAAACCCGUGACAUCUGGUGCAUUUAUUAAUUGAUGUCGUUUUUAUAGCAAUGAACGAAUGUGAAAAGAAAGGACUUAAUUGCCCCCCUGCUCUGAAGUGCGUGAAGCACAAACAAGGUUAUGAAUGUGGGUGCACUCCUGGUUUUAAGAUUGUUGGAGUCGGAAACAGAAGGACUUGUAAAGGUACGAUAUCAUUAUUAUUUAACUGACGGCUUCUAACAAAAUGUGAGAUGUUGCGGGUCGCCCUUCAAGCGGUCCCAUCAUUCUCAGCAGUUGGGAAGAAAACACUUUUGAAAGAAUGCUUGCUUCCUUUAUUUUCCUCAUUUUAUCCGAAUGAGCUUAUAACAAGGUAUAAAACAAUCUCGUAGAGCACAAUUGCCUUAAAUGUCAAAAGUACUCAUACACCUCAUAGUCUCGUUCGAUAAACUUGCCUUCAGCAAUAAAUUAAAGUACGUAGAGAGUCCAAUUAGUAAAAUUUGUAAUGACAAAUAUAGAGUUCAAUUCCGGCUUUUGAGGAGAGGAGAAAUACGUCGUCAAGUAUAUAUGCUGCUAAAAAUUUGAGUUCGCCGAAAAAAGCAAUUUAUGGAAUUGCUGUCGAUUUUUAAAGUUAAAAUGAGCAUGAGCAAAGUUAGCUGAAGAAUGAAAGAAUUUGUCACGACAAUGCGUUAUCAUUUCAGCCAUGGACGAGUGCGAAAAGGCAGGAGAGUUAUGUCCAUCUGCGCUACAGUGCUUGAAACAAGAGGACGGAUCUUUCGCAUGUGACUGCGAUGCUAACUCGAAGGUAGUAGGAGAGGGAGAUGCGAGGACGUGUAAAGGUACAGCUUAUUUCUAAAGGACCUUGCAGUCAUAGGUUUUGUCCCAGUGAUGUUGCCUAUUUCUGUUUGCUUUACGAAUGGUUGAAAAAAAAACUCGUCGAAGCCCAACCUCUUUACCAGGGUCCUCUCCUACUCGGCAACUGUGAAACGAGUAAGAGAGGAUGCUGGGAACGAGGUUGGACGAAGCCAUUGUAGGUAAGGCAAACGUAAAAAGUUGGCGGUUGCCUUCACGUUCGCAUGCAAUCUGAUUUCGCCCCUUCAUGCUCCCUUGUAGUGUUUCUGCAUUUCUCUUGAGUCUCCGAUUUUUUUCCAUUUAAUUUUAUUUUUAAAAAAAAUUUGUGAUGGUUUCAAAAGCGAUCGAUCAAGAUGCCUAAAACAUCUUGACUUAGUUAUUUAAUGGUUACUCGUCUAAAAUAAAGACGUGUUUAAUUAGUGGGCUUGGCGAGGAGACUAAGUAUUCUUUAUGACACAAUUUUUCCAGCCUUGGACGAGUGCGAAAAAGCGAGAGAAGUUUGUCCAUCUGCCCUGCUGUGCGUGAAAAACGCGAACGGAUCUUUCGCAUGUGGCUGCGACGCUGACUCAAAAGUAGUGGGAGAAGGAGAUAACAGGACUUGUCAAGGUACAAUUCUUCAUCAAAUUUAG